UGAUCAGCAGAGGGACGGAAAAGAAAGUGAAAAUUUUGGUUGGCUGCCGCUGCUAUUUUUUUCUCUGUGUGGAAAAUUUUGCAUUUUUGCCUCGUCUGAGGCAUUUUUUAAUUCUGAAAAGUGUUUCCAAGUGUUCAGUAAUCGUCCAUUACCAUUUUAAAACAGUUUUCUGGGUUUUUAAAUUGAAUUGACAUGAGAAAAAGAGGAGGCUAUCGUCGAAGUCGGAGCCGAAGUCCUCGUCGUGGAGGAGGAGGAGGAACAAAGCGAUAUGACGUUAGCAAGGCGCAACUGAUGCUCAAACCGGUCAACUGGAACCAUCAAAAGCUGGAAUCGGUGACGCGCCUGAGUUACCGUCCGAAAGUGGAUUUCCGGCGCUCGGAACGCGAAAUCAGCGAAUGGAGAAAGACCAAGGAAAUCACGACCAAAGGACGAGACGUUCCGGAUCCGGCACUGACCUUCGAGGAAGUGGGCUUUCCGGCGGAAAUUGCCGACGAAUGGCGUUACGCGGAGUUCACCACUCCAACUCCGAUCCAAUCGCAAGGUUGGCCAAUUGCAAUGUCCGGCCGGGAUAUGGUCGGAAUUGCCAAGACUGGAUCCGGUAAAACGCUUUCCUAUCUUCUCCCGGCUUUGAUGCACAUCGAUCAGCAGUCGCGAUUGCGUAGGGGAGAUGGUCCCAUUGCCCUGAUUUUGGCCCCCACUCGGGAAUUGGCCCAGCAGAUCAAACAGGUCACCGAUGACUUUGGGCGCGCUAUGAAAAUCAAGAAUACUUGUCUCUUUGGGGGAGGUGCAAAACGCCAGCAAGGGGACGAUCUGAAGUACGGAGUGGAGAUUGUAAUUGCUACCCCUGGUAGAUUGAUCGAUUUCCUGUCGAGCGAGCAUACCAAUCUACGCCGAUGUUCGUAUUUGGUGCUGGAUGAGGCUGAUCGUAUGUUGGACAUGGGAUUUGAACCGCAGAUACGGGCUAUCAUCGAACAAAUUCGGCCGGACCACCAAACUUUGAUGUGGUCUGCAACUUGGCCGGAUGCUGUUUCCCGUUUGGUGAAGGACUAUCUGAAGGAUUACAUUCAGAUCAAUGUCGGUUCUUUGAAGCUGGCAGCCAACCAUAAUAUUCUGCAGAUCAUCGACGUGUGCCAAGAGCAUGAAAAGGAAGCUAAGCUCAGUAUUCUGCUGCGUGAGAUCAUGGCCGAGAAGGAGUGCAAAACGAUUAUCUUCAUCGAAACCAAGAAACGGGUCGAUGACAUCACCCGUAAGGUGCUUCGCGACGGAUGGCCAGCAAUGUGUAUUCACGGCGAUAAAUCUCAAAGGGAACGCGAAUAUACUCUGAACUCAUUUCGUUCGGGAAAAAAUCCGAUUUUGAUUGCUACUGAUGUUGCUGCUAGAGGAUUAGAUGUGGACGACGUCAAAUUUGUUAUAAACUUUGAUUAUCCCACUACGUCGGAGGAUUACAUUCAUCGCAUUGGACGCACUGGAAGAUCCAACAACACCGGCACUGCUUACACGUUCUUUACGCCGGACAACGCUGGAAGAGCUCGGGAACUGAUAGAUGUUCUGAAAGAAGCGAAACAGGUGAUCAAUCCCAAGCUUUUGGAUAUGACAACCAUGCGGAUCAAGGGAAGAGGCAAACGGACUUUCAUAUCUUCUCGCUACCCUCGCGAGCGUCGUUCUCGCUCCUUUGAUCGACGAGGUGUUUUCAGGCGCAGCUCGUACUCCCGUUCCCGUUCUCGCUCCCGCUCUCGUUCCAGAUCCCGUUCGCGUUCGGCCUCGCCAAGAUUCUCCAAACGCGAUGUAUACCGUCCGGUAAAGCGCAGCGUGUCUCGUGGCAGUCGUAGCGACUCCAGUGAUAGUCGAAGCGACAAUCGUCGCAAGAAGAACUCCCGCCGAGUGAGCCGUUCGGUUAGUCGGUCACCUGCGCCACGAGGUGCAGCUACGAACAAGUCCGGCAGUGCUGGUGAUAAAAAACGCAAUGGAAAGAGUAGAUCUCCAACCACACGGCGCCACCGUAGCCGCAGCCGUAGUCGUAGCCGAAGUCGAAGUCGUAGCCGUAGCCGCGAGGGAAGAUUCCGAUCGGCUAGAAACGGGGGCACGAACGGAACUAGCUACGAUCGCCAUUGAAUACGAUUUUGUAAGUGUUUAAAAUCCAAUCAGUAUAUCGAAGUGACAAACAUGCUGCUCAUAUGAACAGAUACAACCAGCAUAGCAGAGCAAAACAAUCCAUAUAUUAUUUUAAAAUACUGUACUUCCUUAGCAGUAGGAACGUGAUUAUGAUUUUUUGAAUUUUAACACGGAAUUCAGUGGAUGCUCCAGGUCAGAUUGGUCUGAAUGAACACUCAAUAUUCUUUUGUCGAAGAACCAUCCAAUAAAAAAAAACAUGUAUCACUCUCUUUCUACCCUGAUUACUGUACAAAAACGAAAAAUAGAAAUAGAUACUAGAGGAUCAAAAAUAAGAUUGUCCCAAACCGCAUUCUUCUAUUAUUAUUUAAGCAAUAAUCAAAUCAUCAAUAAUUAAUCCAAA